AUGGCAGAUCCAAACGAACAAUUAAUAGAAACACCCACCACCACAACCACCUCAGAUCCAACAUCAACAACAACAACAACAACUAAUACAAGCGACCUCACGAUGAGUGAUCUCGAGAACAAUAACAAUAAUGAUCAAAUCCCAUCAACCUCCACUUUGUUUCCUGACAUCUUUCCUACCACCACGCGCCCAGACUCACUCCCGUCGGAUAUAUUCCAAGCAACCCUGGCCGUAUCCAAGACACCGAUCUCUUCUACCAUCGUUCCAGGUCAAUCAGACAAAAGUAAAAUUUGGCCACCAUCUGGUCCAACACAAACAACUAAGAGUUGGCACUCAAAUACCAACAGAAUAUCAAACAAAUCGACAACUUCAACAAACACUGGAACAACUGCAAACUUCUCACCACUAAGUUACCUGCUUUCCUAG